GUGAACUGCAAUCCGAGCCCAAGCCCGCUUGAGCUGCUGUACCGCUCUUGUUUACAGAAGCUACCUGCCCACGACACAAGCUGUCGCUUCCUCUGCAGAAUUGGUCUGAUGGAGCAAAGGCACUCGGCGCAGCUCGGUGCGACAAGGCAUCAAUGCGACCGGUGUGCAUACAGCACGGAUCGUCCUGCAAAUUUGACACGGCACCAGAGAACUCACACAGGAGAGAAACCCUUCAAGUGCAGUGUGUGUGGGAAGGCGUUUGCACAGUCAUCUACUCUUGUAACACACCAGAGAACACACACGGGAAAGAAACCCUUCAAGUGCAGUGUGUGUGGGAAGACGUUUGCAAAGUCAUCUACUCUUGUAACACACCAGAGAACACACACGGGAGAGAAACCCUUCAAGUGCAGUGUGUGUGGGAAGGCGUUUGCACAGUCAUCUACUCUUGUAGCACACCAGAGAACACACACGGGAAAGAAACCCUUCAAGUGCAGUGUGUGUGGGAAGACGUUUGCAAAGUCAUCUACUCUUGUAGCACACCAGAGAACACACACGGGAGAGAAAUCCUUCAAGUGCAGUGUGUGUGGGAAGGCGUUUUCACUUUCAUCUACUCUUGUAAAACACCAGAGAACACACACGGGAGAGAAACCCUUCAAGUGCAGUGUGUGUGGGAAGGCGUUUACACUUUCAUCUACUCUUGUAGCACACCAGAGAACACACACGGGAAAGAAACCCUUCAAGUGCAGUGUGUGUGGGAAGACGUUUGCAAAGUCAUCUACUCUUGUAGCACACCAGAGAACACACACGGGAGAGAAACCCUACAAGUGCAGUGUGUGUGGGAAGGCGUUUGCACUUUCAUCUACUCUUGUAAAACACCAGAGAACACACACGGGAGAGAAACCCUUCAAGUGCAGUGUGUGUGGGAAGACGUUUGCAAAGUCAUCUACUCUUGUAACACACCAGAGAACACACACG